UCCUGUAGGCAAGUUUAGUGUUGUCGUUACGUCACCAGCUUGUUGUACCAGUACUCGUGGGUACUCUGUGAUCACUUUGGGCAGCAAGAGACGGGUAGUGAUCAUGAAACAGAAAAAGAGACAGCAGCAGGGCGACCUGAGCCAUGCAGAGCUGAUGAUGAUGACUAUUUCUGAUGUGAUUAAGCAACUUCUGGAGGCCCACGAGCAAGGGAAGGAUGUCAAUCUCAACAAGUUAAAAACAAAAACCUCUGCCAAGUAUGGACUCUCUGCACAGCCUCGUCUGGUUGAUAUCAUUGCGGCUGUUCCUCCUCAACACAGGAAAGUUCUUAUACCCAAGUUGAAGGCAAAACCCAUUCGCACAGCCAGUGGGAUUGCGGUUGUGGCUGUCAUGUGCAAACCUCACAGGUGUCCGCACAUCAAUUUCACGGGAAACAUCUGUGUGUACUGUCCUGGUGGUCCUGAUUCAGAUUUUGAAUAUUCAACACAGUCCUACACCGGAUAUGAGCCAACAUCUAUGAGAGCUAUACGCGCCCGGUAUGAUCCAUUCAUGCAAACCCGACAUCGCGUUGAACAGCUUAAGCAGCUGGGUCACAGUGUGGAUAAAGUGGAAUUCAUUGUUAUGGGAGGAACGUUUAUGGCGUUGUUAGAAGAGUACAGAGACUACUUCAUCCGAAACCUUCAUGAUGCUUUAUCUGGGCACACCUCCAAUAGUGUCGCUGAGGCAGUGAGGUAUUCUGAAAGAAGCAAUACAAAAUGUGUAGGAAUAACGAUUGAAACCAGGCCAGAUUAUUGCCUGAAGCGCCAUUUAAGCGAUAUGCUAUCGUAUGGCUGCACCAGGCUGGAGAUUGGCGUGCAGAGUGUCUAUGAAGAUGUUGCUCGAGAUACAAAUAGGGGACACACCGUGAAAGCCGUGUGUGAGUCGUUCCACCUGUCUAAAGAUGCUGGCUUCAAAGUAGUUUCUCACAUGAUGCCUGAUCUGCCCAAUGUGGGCUUGGAAAGAGAUAUUGAACAGUUCAUUGAGUUUUUUGAAAACCCUGCUUUCCGUCCUGAUGGGAUGAAGCUGUAUCCAACUCUAGUAAUCCGUGGCACCGGUUUGUACGAACUCUGGAAGACCGGAAGAUACAGGAGUUAUUCACCUAGCACUUUAGUAGAUCUGGUUGCUAGAAUUCUGGCACUUGUUCCACCAUGGACACGAGUUUACAGAGUUCAAAGAGACAUACCAAUGCCGCUGGUAAGCUCAGGUGUGGAACAUGGCAAUCUGAGGGAGCUUGCAUUGGCCAGAAUGAAAGAUUUGGGCACAGAGUGUCGUGAUGUCCGUACAAGGGAAGUAGGAAUUCAGGAAAUUCACCACACUGUUAGGCCCUAUCAGGUGGAGUUAAUUCGCAGAGAUUAUGUGGCAAAUGGUGGUUGGGAGACCUUUCUAUCAUAUGAAGAUCCAGAGCAAGACAUACUUAUUGGUUUGCUUCGUUUGCGAAAAUGUUCAGAAGAGUCCUUUAGGCCUGAGUUGAAGGGAGGAGUGUCUAUCGUCCGUGAAUUGCAUGUGUACGGUAGUGUGGUUCCAGUCAGCAGCCGCGAUCCUUCGAAAUUUCAACAUCAGGGUUUUGGGAUGCUGUUAAUGGAGGAAGCAGAGCGCAUUGCAAGAGAAGAACACGGGUCAUGGAAAAUUGCUGUCAUUUCAGGUGUCGGCACUAGAAAUUAUUACAGAAAAAUCGGUUAUGAACUGGAAGGACCAUACAUGGUGAAAAGACUGGAGUAAAAUCCCAUAAGGAGAAAGAGGAAAAGAAGCAACAACCCCUUAAAUCUGCAGCUGACUAGCCAAUGCUGAAUUGCUUGCCCCUCACCUGAACACAAAUGGAAUUAAAGGGCCAUGAUAAUUAAAAAAUCAUAUGUUCUAAUUUGUUAUAGCAUGUACUUUUAUCACUAGAGAUUCUGCAACUCUAUAUAUAUAUAUAUAUAUACAGGUAUACCUCACUUGACAGCGCUUCGCUAAUACAGUGCUUUGUGGAGCUAAAGUUAACUCCAAUGAACAGUGCUCUACUCAUUGUCAGAUUGCAAGAAAAGUGACUGGCACCAUUUUGUUAUGCGCAGUUCUCUCUGUUUACAGCAUUACAGUGCAAUCUGUGUCUCAGUGUUGUAGUCUGGCAAAUUUUACUACAAUAAUUGUCACUAUUUUACAGGUACAGUAUUUAUUGAAUACUGUGCUGUGCUAGUGUUAAACUAAACUUAGCACUAAUGCACCCCUAAUAUAUGUUAGUUCAAACAUGUUUUCAAGUUUUUAAAGACACUGACAAGUGAAAACAAAGCUAAAAUAACGUUGUUUCACUUUAAGGCAGUUUUCACUUUACAGCAGGGCUCCGGUCCCUAAACCGCUGUAUGAGCGGGGUAUUAACUGUAUUUAAACCCCCACAAAGGGGUAAACACAUAGUUAAAGUACAGCUCAGGAGCCUGAACUGCUGGUCCUUAGUGUAAACUGCCAUUGAGCCAAUCAGCAAUGGUAGUCGCACACUUGUGUGGUGACUACCGCUGCUGAUUGGGUCACUGGCAAAAUUAGAGCAUGUAAGUUUUCGAAUAUAAUAGCCCUUUAAAAAUCUGAACUCUUUACACUGUUAUAGCCUUCUAUAACAGCCAAGGGGUUAAAUAUUUAGUCAGAUUUUCUAUGUAACUUGAAUACAAACUUUUAAGUCUUCUUCAAAUAUAUUCCCCUUUUUUUUUCGUCUGUCAAGAUUUUUCUUAUUUAUAUGUAAAUUAAAAGUGUUUACAUUUAUUGCAAA